UAGCAGGUGUAUCAUUGGCUUUCCUUGCCUUAUUAUAUUCUAUUAUAAUGGAACUCUUAUUAUAUUCUAUUACCACCAAAUUAUGCAGCAAUAUCCUUUUAAAAAAAGGCACGCUAACUCAAUGGAAAAUAAGUCAAUUAAAUACAAACUUUCAAAUGCCAAUAAUGCCUUAGUAUUGGCUACAAAUACCAAUGCAACUAAUAGCAAAAAAACCAAAUUGUGUAGAACAAGACACACAUAAUUAGCAUAGUUAUUAUGGGGAGGGUUGAGUACUCCCCAUUGUUUGAGACAAGAAGGUGCAGAGGAAGGUUCAUCUACAGGUCCUUUGCUAUCUCAUUAUUUGUGACCAUAUGCUUUAUAUGGCAUUACAGAUUUAGCCACAUAACAAAGGGUGAAGAUGGAAACUGGGCAUGGCUUGGUAUGCUUGCUUCAAAGCUGUGUUUUGGCUUUUACUGGGUCCUUACUCAAGCCCUUAGAUGGAACCUUGUGUUCAGACAACCCUUCAAAGACAGACUCUCUCAAAGAUAUGAGAAAAAGUUGCCAAGAGUGGACAUAUUUGUGUGCACAGCAGAUCCAGAUAUUGAGCCAGCAAUGAUGGUGAUUAACACAGUGCUAUCUGUUAUGGCUUAUGAUUAUCCAACUGAAAAAUUGAGUGUGUAUCUCUCUGGUGAUGCUGGAUCGCAAAUCACGUUCUAUGCUCUGCUAAAGGCUUCAAACUUUGCAAAACAUUGGGUCCCAUUCUGCAAGAGGUUCAAAGUGGAACCCAGGUCACCAUCUGCAUAUUUUAAAAGCAUAGUCUCAUCAGGUUACCCUACAGACCCAAGUCAAGCCAAAGAACUGGGAGCUAUUAAGAAUGGGAAGCAAAUGGUUGAAGAAGGGGCUUUGACAGCCUUAGCAUAUGUUGCAGAUUCUUCAGAGGUGCAAUUUCAGAAGUAUUAUGAUGUUGUGAUGCCAUACUUAAAAGCUAUUUUGGCGAACGCAAAUGAUAAAUCUAAUCAUAUGCUUCGAGCCAAAGCAAUGGAGUGCAUUAGUUUGGUAGGAAUGGUUGUUGGAAAGGAGAAGUUCAGGGAUGAUGCCAAACAGGUCAUGGAUGUCUUGAUGUCACUGCAACAAUCUCAACUGGAUGCUGAUGAUCCAACUGCAAGUUACAUGUUACAAGCAUGGGCACGGCUUUGCAAGUGCCUUGGGCAGGAUUUUCUCCCAUAUAUGGGUUUUGUGAUGCCUCCUUUGCUCCAGUCUGCACAACUGAAGCCCGAUGUGACCAUUACAUCAGCGGAUUCUGAUACUGAAUUUGAUGAAGAUGAUGACAGGGUCAAGUGCAAUACUUAAUCAAAUGGUGAGUUAACCCCUUUUUCUCAUUUGUAUUUUGUUCUUAUUUUCUGGACUGGGUUCUGAUGAAAGAUAAGGAUGUGACAAAUGAUGUUGUAAAAAAUAACGAGAGAUUCAAAGAAAAUGGGUGCAAAUGGGUUGAAAGAGGAUGUGGAUGUAUGGAUAUCAUUACUCAAACAGAAAAGGGCCUAAUGUGAAAUUUUUUAUAAAGAUGUAUCUUUUCUUACUAGUUUUUUUGCAUAUCACCAAAUGAAUGGGUGGCCUGGGACAACCAACACUUGGGAACCUCCAGAAAAUCUUGAGUCUAUUCCUGAUAUUGUUGAAGCUUUUGAGGAGAGCAAAUAGGUUUCUUAUAAGCAAGAGGUAAAAAGAUUGUAAUUAUCCUCUUAGCAAAGAAUGCCAGCUACACUUUUUCCAACCAAUAACAAACAUUGAUUGAAUGAGUGUCAGAGAAAGUGUUGUGAUUGUUGUUCAAGGAAAUGGAACUAGAUCAAAUUCAGGUGAUGCCAAUCUAGCUGCCUCCUCUAUUGCCAGGACCUAGAAGUAAAAAUGCACCAGGAAAUAAGACAAAUAUUAGUUGGAAACACGAUCAAUAGGUUUUGGGCAAUGGUAAAAAAAUUAAAUGUAACUAUUGCUCUAAGACUUUGUAUGGGGAAUUUUUAGAUUCAAGCAUCACCUUUGUAAAGCAUUUGAAGGUUCAUCAAGUUACUAUAUAUAAAGAAGGGAAGAAGGAUCACCAUUUACAUUUAUGGUAGAACAAUGUUUUUUAGCUUGUUGAAGAUGUUCACAAAAGAAGAGACCUUAUUAGGCCUAGUAUGACUAGAUUUUCCACAUUUUAUUUGACUUUAACUUCUCUUCAUGAAUUGAAAGCAUCAAUAAUGAGCAUGUUUAGCUCAUAAGAGUGAAAAACACACAAGUUUAGAACUUCACGGAAGGGAGGGGAGAAAAGUAGAUUGAAAAUGUGGUUUUAGAUAGUCAGUUUUGGAAGAAUAUAACUAUAUGCCUCAAAGUUGCUUCUCCUCUUAUGGUGAUCCUUCGAUAGGUGGAUUCAGAUGUAAAAUUCGUCAUGGGUUUCAUAUAUGAGGAGAUGGAUUGUGCAAAAGAGAAAAUUAAAUACUAUAUAACUUUAAUAACAU